AUGACAGAUGACACGUCAAGGAUGGUCGUCCAGCGCCUUAAGAGCCUGUACAUGGACCUGCUCAGGCCCAUCGAGGUGGACAGCUUCUUCUUGCACUUCAACAGCGAGUCGACCUUGACAGUCUCAGAACUCGAAGCACGACCGCAAGUCUUGCUGAUUGGCCAGUACAGCACCGGCAAGACCUCACUUAUUAAGUGGGUUACGGGAAUCGAAAGCCCGUUCUUCGACAUCCGGCCCCAGCCGAGCACAGACAAGUUCAUGGCAGUUGUGCACGGAGACGAGGAGAAGGUCAUCAACGGAGAUGCGGCGACCUGCUUGCCGGAUUUGCCUUACAGUGGCCUCUCCCGUUUUGGGUCGUCUUUCCUUGGAAAGUUCCAGGUGUUAGUGGAGAGCGCGGACAUCUUGAAACAGAUCACCUUCAUCGACACGCCUGGUGUCUUGUCUGGGGACAAGCAACGCAUCAGCCGUGGCUAUGACUUUAUGAAGGUCUGUCGGUGGCUGGCUGCACGUUCUGAUCUGAUCCUGCUGCUCUUCGAUGCCCACAAGCUCGACAUCUCCGACGAGUUUAAGGAGGUCAUCGAGUCCAUCAGAAGCGACGGAGACAAGUGCAGGUGUGUCCUGAACAAGGCGGAUGAGAUCGAUGGCGAGAACCUGGUCAAGGUCUAUGGCGCUUUGAUGUGGAAUCUCGGCAAGAUCCUCCAGACACCGGAGGUGGCGCGUAUGUACGUGGGAUCCUUCUGGGACGAGGAGUACAAGUGCAAGGAUCUGGAGCGGCUCCUUAAUCAGGACCGGAAGGACCUGCUGCAAGAGUUGCGGGACCUUCCUCGGAAUGUCUGCGUUCGGAGGGUUAAUGAAAUCGUGGCCCGGGCGCGGGCUGUCAAAGUCCACCUCGCGCUGUGCUGUGCCCUGCGGGCUCGUCUACCCACAUUUGGGUUCUGCGGCCGGCGGCAUCGCCAUCAGCUGUGGCUGUCGGAGCAUCUGCCCGAGGUCUAUGCCGAAGUCAUGAAAGACUAUGAGUUUGCGCCCGGCGACAUGCCCCAUGUCGAGUAUUUUGGCCAGCGCCUGCGUACCUUCAAAGAUUUCAGGUCCUUUCAGAGGUCCUGCAAGGCACAGCAGGAGAUGCUGGACCGGCUGAUCGCCACAGAGAUCCCACGCCUCAUGGCCAUGGUUGGUGGUGUCUCUGCGUCGGAGCUGGGCCAGAAGGUCAAUGGCAAGUCCAGCGCUUUCACAUGGAGCAGUUCGGUGACACGACCAUCUGCUGGUCUGGACAGUGGCCGUUCCCGAUGCUGCCCUGUCUGUCUACUGCUCUUCCUCACACUCGCUGUCCUCGUGCUUGCAGCUGUUGUUUUUGUUGGUCGUAUGGGCCCUGAGGAGGCAGUGGCUGCGCUGGAGCAGUUCGCGAAUCUCACCGGGAACCUAACAGGGAAUUUGACGGCGCUGCGAUUUCGGACGCAGCAGCUUCUUCGUGACUUCACCGGAGAAGAGCUCUGA